AUGCUUGAUGUUAUAGACUUUAUCACGGAGCGCGGUGGUGAUCCAGAGAAGAUUCGCGAGUCUCAACGUCGCAGAUCCGCCAAUGUCGAAGUUGUGGACGAGAUUAUUGCCCUUUUUGAAGAUCACCGCAGAACCCAAUACAGCGCUACACAAGUGAACAGCAAGAUCAAUGAUGUUCAGAAACAAAUUGGAGCUAAGAAGAAGGCGAAGGAGGAUGCGGAUGAGCUUCUCAAGCAGAAAGUUGAACUUGAGAAGGAGAAGAAGGCGCUGGUAGAGUCCGCCGCCGAAAAAGAUGCAUUGCUCAAAGCGAAGAUCAAGACAGUAGGCAACUACGUACAUGACUCCGUGCCAGUGAGCAACAACGAGGACAACAACGUGGUAGAGCGUACAUGGGCACCAGAAGGUGCCACGGUGGAGAAGCGCAGCAAUGUUCUUUCUCAUCAUGAAGUCCUUCUUAGACUCGAUGGCUACGACCCCGACCGGGGUGUGAAGGUAGUUGGCCACCGUGGCUACUUCUUACGACAGUGGGGAGUAUUUUUGAACCAGGCUCUAAUCAACUAUGGCCUUGAAUUCCUCAGCCAGCGAGGGUAUACUCCAUUGCAGACGCCACAAUUCAUGCUCAAAGAUUACAUGGGCAAGACCGCUCAACUUGAGCAGUUCGACGAGGAGUUGUACAAAGUGACAGAUGGCGAAGCAAAGAAUGACAAGUACCUGAUUGCUACGUCGGAACAGCCUAUUUCUGCAUUCCACGCUGAUGAGUGGCUGAUCCCCAAGGAUCUUCCCAUCAAAUAUGCUGGUUACAGCACUUGCUACAGACGCGAAGCAGGCUCCCAUGGCAGAGAUGCUUGGGGUAUUUACCGCGUCCACCAGUUUGAAAAGAUCGAGCAAUUCCUCUUAACGGACCCAGAAAAAUCUUGGGACGCCUUCCAUGACAUGAUAGGUAUUUCCGAGGAGUUCUACAAGUCGCUCGAGUUGCCGUAUCAGAUUGUGUCAAUUGUGUCUGGCGCAUUAAAUAACGCGGCGUCUAAGAAACUGGAUUUAGAGGCCUGGUUCCCAUUCCAAGGCGAAUACAAAGAACUCGUCUCUUGCUCCAACUGUACCGACUAUCAGUCUCGCGCCCUUGAGAUACGAUUUGGCUCCAAGAUGCAGACUGAUGUCAAGAAGAAAUACGUUCAUUGUCUUAACUCUACGCUCUGUGCGACAACCAGAACUAUGUGCUGCAUUUUGGAGAACUACCAGACUGAGGAGGGGCUGAGAGUACCAGAACCUCUUAGGAAGUAUCUCCCCGGAGCACCAGAAUUUAUUCCUUUUGCCAAGGAGUUGCCGAAGGAGUCUACCUCGCAGAAAUCUCUACCUCAGCGACCAAAGGGAGGAAAGUAG